AUGGGGAACAAGCAGGAGCAUGCGGUGUUCCAAGCGCUGCUGCGCUUCUCCCAGUGGCGGCACAAGGAGCUCAGCCGCAUCGUGGACGCCGUCGUGGAGCCCAACCUCGUCUCGAGGACCAAUGACGGUUGGAGUGACUUAAUCGAGCGCUACAAGGGCAUAAAUCAUGGUGAAUAUCUGAAACUGUUGGCGGAUAUUGCAACGUUGAGGCAUGAGCGUGACCACCUGGAGGCUAGCGUGAGGAGGCAGAUAGUAGAAGACCUGCCGUCCGGCACAACCGCGGCAGAGCUCCGCGGUCUGGAGCACAAGCUAGAGUGCGCGCUGGGUAAAGUCCGUGAAACGAAGGUGCACAUCCUGGAGGAGCAGAACAGCUUCCUUGGCCACAUGAUUUUGAAGGUAUUGAAGCACAACCUUUGUACCCAACCUACAAAAUGCUAGUAUAAGAUUCUUAGAUAAGGAGGGCUCCAGGCGCUCAAACAAUUUCAACUACAAGCAGAUAUUUUGCCUAAAUUCAAGACGAAAGAAGAUGUUCAAAGAAGCGCCAAGACAUUUUUGUAUAGCAAGUUAUGUAAUAAUAGUUGGGUUAUCUGGGCAUUGUGAACUCCAGAAUUUCAUAUAUCUUCUCUCUGUUUUUGAAUGAAAUGUUGUAUGUUUUAGAAUUACAAUUUUUGUUUCAUAUGAAAUAGUAAUUAUGUAUGUGAUUUG